CUAAAACCAACAAUGCCAUAUAUUCAUAACUCUCGCGAACUCGCCAGAAAUUCACUUCGCUUCACCGCGAUAGCAAUGCAGCCAUAUUUUUACACGAUGGCCAUUAGACACCUACGUCAACGCGUUGACCAUAUCACACCCAGCGUAGAAGCUAUCGCAGCACUAUGUUGAUUACAACGACAAGCAGUCCUCUGGCCAUCUGCAGGACCAUCAUUCUAAUCUGCAGUCUAAUCCUUAAUUUAACCGCCUUCCGGUCUCAUCCUUGCAGCUGUACAAAAAAGCGCUGUCUGAUUUUGCCGCUCUUCCUGAUCGGCAAUCUGCUGACCCUACUGCUGCACAUUCCUGAUCUCGUCCUCGCCUUUGGCGGAUAUUUUCCUAUUGCACAACUGAAAUGCUCAUUUGUCUUUGUAUCCUCGAGCCUGCUAUGCGGAUACUUUGUGGCACUGGGCAUUCUGCGCUGCGUACUGAUUCUGCCGGAUCUGCGUUCAUAUCGUCCAUAUUUCUAUGCCAGCCUCAUCUUCACACCGUUGAUAGCCGCCGGAAUUCAAGUAUUCUACAUGAAAGCGGCACUGGAAGAGCCGUUAUUUCUGCAUUUUCGCAUGAUUCCCAACGAUUCCGAUAGUGCGGCCUAUGCAAGAGAACUCGUGCUGCCGGUGUCCGGAUGUGCACGGACGAUUUGCAAUUCCAGCGAUGUGAUUCUGACCAUGCUGGGAAAUCUAGUUCCUGCCCUCAUUCCAACGGUGUCUUUUAUCGUAUCGUUCCUUGUGUCAUAUUCAUCCAGACGAAGAGUCCAGAGUGAGAAAUAUGUUGAAAGCGAUAUUGUGUCGUCAUACACGCUGGCACAAGAUUACUGUGAUCGUGAAAACCACUGUUGGCAGGUUCUAAAAUUCGUUCUGAUCCUGUUCUUUGGAUGGACUGUUUUCGCCAAACCUUUGACCUUGUUCCUGACUUACUUGACUCGUUAUUACGCUAGCAGCCGGAUUGAACAUUCAUCAGUGUAUUUUUGCUCAAAUUUUUGGGACAUCGGAAACAAUGUGAUUUUGUUUAUUGCAGUAUCUGUGGUGCCGUUUUGUUUGAUUCUUUCGCAUCGGUCCACUUGCAAUCGCACAUCCACGACUGACAAAUAUCACAGUGGACGUAGAAGCAAAUCACUGCAAUGUGUUGAUCGUCCGGUGGCCAUUAUCGGCAGUCCUACCGCCGAAGCGGAUGUUGGGAUGUUUACUUGGGACACCUUCUGCGUGUCCACACCUGUGGUCAAGUUGAACCAGUGCAACAACCAUAGUUCAGUUACAUAGUCCGGAGUUUGCAGUUAAUACAUCCAGACCACGUGUUAUAUGCGCAAUGGAAAACCGAUGGACAGAUAUUCAAGAUAGAAGCAGUAAUCAAACAUUGUACAUAAUAAAUAU